UACAAAAGGGGAGUAAGGUUAGAGUAGCCAAAGCAAAGAAGAAAAGGGGCAAAAAAAAAGACCAGAAAAAUAAAGAGAGAAAGAAAAAGGCUUAAUUAUGAUGGCAAGCUCAUGGGCUGGUGUGUUAACUUUGGUGGUUGUGCUAGUUGUGGGUGUUUUUGAGGUUCCUAUGGCAAGGGGAGACAUGAGCCCUAGCCAGUGCAAGGAGGAGCAGAGGCUCCUUGUGAAUGCAUGCCGGCCGGUCAUAUUCGGCCGCAGCCCCUCAGCCGCCUGCUGCCAACGUGUCAAGGUCACCCAAGUAGAGUGUGUGUGCCCUGUUGUUACCCCUAAGUUGGCUGCACUCAUCGGAGUGGAACGCACCAUUAAGCAAAUCGAAGGCUGCGGAAGGAGUGUUCCUCACAACUUCAAGUGUGGAAGUAUCACUACUCCAUGAGAAAGGAAACAAGGAUCAUCUUAGGAUGACUAUAUAUAUAUAUAUAUAUAUAUAGUUUUAAGAGUUGUAUUUAAUCAAACAUUUUAUCUCUUUAAUCUGUACUUGUGCAGAUGUAUGUGUGUGAAAGAGAGAUGUUUUUAUGAUGAUCUCCUUACUUCCUUGAAUGAUAAUAAAAUUGAGAACUGGUUGUGUUUUU